UCUGUAAAUAGAAUGAAUUUUUAAUUUAAAUAAAUUCACGACUGUAUAAAUAUUUAUGACGAAAUUAUUUACCGCCUGGACCCUUCUGCCUUCCCAUUAUUGGUUAUUUACCUUUCAUUGGUGAUAGACCUCAUUUAACGUUUAAAUCUCUUCAGAAGAAAUACGGAAAUGUUGUCAGUCUUUAUUUUGGAAGUCGAUACGUAAUUGUUCUCUGUGAUUAUGCCGCCAUUAGAGAAGCAUUUAUGAAAAAUGCGUUUUUAGGAAGACCACCGAAUGCACCGAAUCAUGUAAUUAAGGAAACAGUGAGUUUUAGCGUAUGCAGUGGACACAUUUGGAGAGAACAGAAAAGAUUUGCACUUCACGCUUUUCGAAAUUUAGGAUUUGGAAAACAUAAAAUGGAAGAUCAUAUAAAAGAAGAACUUAGUUUCUUUUUGAAAACAUUAAAAGAUCAUGAAGGUGAAGCGUUUAAUGUCAGACCUUAUUUAUCUGCAAGCACUUCAAACAAUAUAUCUGCUUUAAUGUUUGGAAGAAGAAUGGAUUACGAUAAUCCUAAACGUGUCCUUCUUAAUAAAGUUGUCGAUGAUCUCUUACGUUUCUUCAGACCAACUGGUUAUCACGCUUUCUUNUAUAUUUAUAGCGAAGAAAUUAGAUAUCAUCGGAAAACGUUAGAUGCUGAUAAUGUUAGAGAUUACGUGGAUAGUUAUUUAUUGGAAAUGGAGAAGAAAAAAGAGAGCAAAAAUACAAGUUUCUCAAUUCCAAUGUUGCGAGGAAAUAUAUCAUCUUUAUUUGGAGCAGGAGGAUCUACCAUAAGAGCGACACUAGAAUGGUCUCUACUGACAAUGGCAGGUUAUCCAGAUAUACAGAAAAAAAUCCACGCAGAAAUCGAUGAAGUAGUUGGAAAAGAAAGGACGCCAUCUUGGAUUGAUCACUCUUCUAUGCCGUACACAGAAGCAGUCUUAAUGGAAGUCCAGAGAUGGAAAACAGUUGUGCCUGUAAAUUUAGUACGCUACGGUCUACGGGAUGAAACAGUACAAGGCUAUUAUAUACCGAAAGACACAAUUGUAUUUGCUAAUCUGUGGGAAGUACAUCACGAUUCGCGAUAUUGGGAAAAUCCAGAUAAGUUCAUCGCAGAAAGAUUUCUUUCUGAAGAUGGAAGAACUGUUAUUAAACAUCCUUGCUAUAUGCCGUUUACUAUUGGUAAACGUUCCUGUCCAGGAGAAUCCUUAGCUGUAAUGGAAGUAUUUUUGUAUUUCACUACAAUUCUUCAAAAAUUUGAUAUUCUUCCACCGAAAGGCGAAGUAAUUAAUUUUGAUGCUGCAUUAGGAAUAAUUUACGAGCCACUUCCUUACAAACUACGCUUUAUAUUAAGAAAUUGAAUAAUUCAUUAUGUUAUAAUGUCACAAAUAUUUAUUAGUUUAAGAUAUUUU